AUAUUUAACUGGUAUUUGAAAUUAUUAUUUCUGUUUCAGAUUUAUUAUUCAGAAUGAAGCUGUUGAUAUGUUUUGUUAUUGGUGUUAUUACAACAGUACAAUAUGGCAGCGCAUGUACAUGUAAUCCUAACAUCUCAAUACAGGACAAAAAUUGUAGAUCAAACUUCUUGGUUCUGGUAAAGGUGUUGAACAAUGGUAAUGUGUAUGGUAUGGACAGAGUCUAUAAGAUCAAUUUGAUCGCUACAUUUAGAUCAAAUAUGCAAGGUGGUGUUGACGUCAGACACUUAUACACUGCUACAGAUGGUUCUGCCUGCGGCAUCAUUUUACAGAAAGGCUAUUAUUAUGUCCUUACAGGUUACUACCGCAAAAGCGGAAGAAGGCGACAAAUGCGUACAGGACUUUGUGAUUUCAGGAAUCGAUUCCGUUCCAAUCCCCAAAGUGUUUACAAACCACCGAGGUGCUACUGAAUCCAUUGAUCUUGUAAAUCAAAGUGAACAGUGAUUGUCUACAAUAACAAAUAAAUACUUCUCUUGAAAUUGAUGUGGUUUUUUUUAUCAUGAUUAAAUAUUGACAUAUACCUAAUAUUACAUUUUAAACUUUUUGUUUGGGUUAAAACACUUAAUUUUUAACGAAUAUACUAAGAUUAAGUACACGUAUUGAUCUGUGUACCCGCAUCUCAAACAAAGAAAGAAGAAGGAAACAAAAACUGUCGAAAAGGACAUAUUUUGGAAAUCUUCAGUGAACCGAACUUGUUAUAAGAAUAAAAAUGGCCGUGUAAUCAAAGACGUGAACAUAGUACAUAGACAUUACGCUUAAACAAAGCAGACUUCGUAUAAAAGGAUAAUGAUACAGGGGUUAUAUAUAAUAACCUAGUCAUUAUUAAAAAAGAAUUAAAAUGAUCAAUACCUUGGUAACAUUAAGGGUCAUAUUAUCCUGAUUUAUUGUCAAUAUGGAAAGCAAAUCAUCAACGUCGAUUAUUUAUCUUUGUUGAUCCGAGAGCCUUAUUCUAUUAGCUUAUAGCAUCCAACACGAACUAAAAUAAAUCGUAUA